CGCUAUGGAAACGCUAAAAGUCGCAGCAUAGAUAGCAACCGUGUGCCUUCUCUAUGUCAUAUUUGUAGUAAAGUUCUCAUUUGAUUUACCAUGGAGGGGUCAAACACAUACCUCAUACGACCCAAUCACCAGCACAAGUUUAAGCCAGCUGUUGUGAAGGAGUGUAUUCGUGAAGUUGUAAGAGAGAGACUGUCCGGGCUGCAGUACGACCCAGAUGAAGUGCCAGAUCUGUCCCGUUCACUUGCAGACUGCAUAAAGGACAAAGUGAAGAAUGCAGGGUUGGAUAGAUAUAAGCUUGUUGUGCAGGUGAUCAUUGGAGAACAACGAGGGCAAGGAGUCAAGAUGUCUUCAAGGUGCUCGUGGGAUGCUGACACAGACAACUAUGCAGAGGAUGUUUUCAUGAACGACAGCUUGUUCUGUACAGUGGUCGUUUUUGGAAGCUAUUACUACUGAGAGGAUGACUAAACCUUCUUUCAGCUAAAGAUGAGAGGUGAUCACUCGAAAAAAGACUGCUCAUCGUCAGCCAACACGGUGUCUGUGGAAUGACUGUAACCCUCACCCAACACAGAUGAAGUUCGCUCGUCCAGUGUAAAGGUGAUGGCACUUGUGCUGAUACUGAAGUAAUUUUAAAAUGAAGGACUUUAUCAGAAUGUCAUGAUUUGGCAAGAUUAUUCAAGACUGACUCCAUUUAUUAGCUGAUGAUUGAUGACACCUUGACUAGAAAUGUGAAAAUUAAGAUGUCCUGGAGAAUGUGAGACUCAUUAUAGCAUAUAGCAUAUUAUAAAAAAAAUAUGUUUUACUACAUAAGGCAGCUGAUUUUGAAAUCCACAAGUGAGAUAGCCAACUUAGUCACAAUUUCUUUGUUUGUGUAAACUGAAUACUUAAAAAGCAUAGUAACCAGUGAUCAAUAUUCUCAACAAGUCACAUUACUAAGCAGUGUCAUUAGAUUAUUUGCGGUUCCUUGUGAUUACAAGCUUUACCUGCAUAAUAGAAGACUGCAGCAAUAGUAUCAAGUACCUGUGAGUACUUACAAAUGCAACAACUAAGUAAAGGGAAAUGAAUGCAAUACUACUGUUUGUGUGUUGGAAUUAGCACAGCAGUUACAGUAGAGGUCAGUAUUUGCCUGUGAUUGUCAGUGUCAUGUCUGAGAUUAAACAGUUACAGUUAUCUGAUACUAUAGAAUAAAUAAAUGAUGACCACAUUCAGCAUUUGCACCUCGACCAUAAACAAAUCAAACCACUGAUGAAAGAUUUCAGUGUAUUUCCAAUUGUGGGGGACAAAAAAAACAAGGAUGGAAACAAAAGUAAAGAAAUAUAACAUACAUACAUUUAUCUGCCCAGCCCGCAUGGGUUUACACAACACCAUGAAUGAAAACAUUUCAGGACCGGAGUGCAGAGUUGGUCUAUUCAUUGUCAUGGAACAAAAAGAGAAGAAAAAAGCAAGAUAAACCCUAAUCAAACAAAAUAUCUUGUCCAAGCUUUUAUGACAAAAUUAUUAAGUUAAAACACAUCAAACAUAAACAGACAUUCAAGUUUUUGCACAUCUGUCCACCACAAUACUUCAGGUUUUUGACGAGCUUCUUCAUGAAACAAUAAUUCUCUUAAAUCAUCAUAUUUUGUAUGCAAAAAAAAAAAAUGGGACUCAGUUUCCACUUCGUCCAACUCACACAUCUCACAAUGUCUGUGAGAAGGACCAACCAGAAGAUUUAGACAUGCUUGGGAUCUUCAGAGAAAGAUGCAGGAUUACUUACUUAUUUUAAACAGAAGUCUAGUGGAAUCAGACCAAUCAUGUCAUGGAAUAUCCAUCACUUUUCAUUCAAGGUUAAGCGAAGACCGGCACAAAGCUCCAGUGUGAAAAAGAUUGCCCACAAUACCACACCUCAGAGAUGGAUAAUCAUCAGCUGCCUGCAUCAAGAAAGGUGUUUAUUUAUUAUCUAAAUAUCUAAAUGAUGGCUUCCUUUAGUUUCAAUCCACCACAUCACCAAAUGAUUGUGGUGACCAAAUUACAAUAGACUCUUCAUACAUUAAUUAACACUUCAUUUCAAAUCGUUUUUCUCACUGGGAAAAACAGCAUGGAUUACUAGUAUACUUUUGGAUAUUUUACAUGUAUUUUAUGUUCAUGAAAUAUAUUAAAAUGAUAUAACUAAAACAUCCAUGCCCAGGACAGUGAAAUUAAUUAAAUUAAAGUGUGGAUUUUUGUAAGUGCGUGGACCCACUGUUACAUUUUCAGUGUGCCAAAAUAAUAUACAUCUCUUAAACACGUGUUCAUUCACAUUAUAUCCAAUAAUAAUUAUACAUGUCUAUAAAUGGUAGUUUUUAGUUGAGAAGCACGACACUUCAGAGAAUCUUUUGAGCUCACCAGGCAGCUGAGAACACAGCUUAUCAAACUGUUGAGGAAGUUUGAUCACAGGCGUUAUUUCACAUGAAAUGGAGUGACCAGAAAUACUGAAAUCCCAUGCAGAGCUUUUAUUUUCUGUAUAUUUAGGUUAGUGUUUUGAUCAUCAUGUUCAGAAAGUAACUUUCAGGAUUAGGUGUGAAGAUCCAUAACAUUUGUAUUAUGGAAUGUUUGUCUCAUUAAAAUGGUGUAUUGCAUUCUUCA